AUGAUCCUCGAUCGUUUGAAAAGUUUGAAACAGGUAGAUUUCGUUCUAGCUUCAAACUCACCUCGUAGAAAGGAGAUCUUAUCAAACAUUCUUGGAUUGAAUGUCAGAGUAAUUCCAUCGACCUUCGAGGAGAACCUUGACAAAUCAAAAUAUUCGCCCCAAGGUUAUGUGAUAGAAAACGCAAGGCAAAAAUCAUUGGAGGUUUGGAAAAGGCUCUGCUCCUUUGGAGAUCGACCAGGCAUGGUUGUUGGUGGUGAUACGGUGGUCGUCUACGCUGGAGAAAUUCUUGAAAAACCAUCUGACAAUGCACAUGCAUUCCGCAUGCUAAGGAUGUUGAGCGGGAAUGAGCAUAAAGUUUACACAGGAGUGACGCUAAUAUAUUGUGAGAAUGAAGAGCUUAAGGAGCAUUGUUUCGUAGAGGAAACGAGCGUUUCUUUCGCUGAUUUGACAGAUGCUGAUAUCAAUGCAUACAUUGAUUCAGGCGAACCCAUGGAUAAAGCUGGAGCAUAUGGGAUCCAAUCUCUCGGUGGAUGUUUUGUGAAAGGAAUACGUGGAUGCUAUUACAAUGUGAUGGGAUUUCCACUUCACUCCUUCUGUAGGGAACUUUCAAAUUUGGCAUCCUCAGGCUUCAAGCUGCAAGAAGAGAGCUAG